UGGGCCCUCCACUGGCCUUCCCAGGUGCCCUGGUGGGACUCAGCUGAGAAAGGGAGGUGCACAGUAGAGGGAGGAGAGGAGAGGUCUGUGUGCGCAUGGAGAGGACGGCAGGCAGGGCUGGCUGUCCCUCCCUGCCAGGGCUGAUCUCUCCAGGUGUGAUGGGAAAGGAGAGGAUUAUGUUGAGAGAUUUCCUUUUUUAUUAUUCCUUCAUUUUCAUGUUUUUUCUUCUACCUUCCCUACCAUUCUCCCCAGGGUAGGAGUUACUUUUGCCCCCCAACAAUAUGUUUCUGAGCUCAUCACCUGAGACACCCAGGAAGAUGAUCAGCUGCAGAUUUGUCACCAUGAACCUCUCGUCAUUUGAGUCCAUCUGCAUUUUCCUGCUUGCCCAAGCUUUGCUGGUACUGGGUAUACAACAAAUCCACGUUGGCCAGGAGAUGAUUGGCAAGAUCUCAGCUGCUGGCCAGUUGAUGCAGUGCUCUGCCUCAUUAGAUGUCCUUUUCCUCCUGGAUGGCUCCUACAGCAUUGGCAAAGGAAGCUUUGAAAGGUCCAAGCACUUUGCAGGCAAGCUCUGUGAUGCCUUGGACAUCCAUCCAGACAGAGUCCGUGUGGGAAUGAUACAGUUUAGCUCAACUCCCCACCUUGAAUUCCCACUGGAUUCUUAUCUAACCAAACAAGAAGUGAAAGAGAGAAUCAAGAGGACUGUGUUCAGAGGUGGCAGCACAGAGACUGGUCAGGCUCUGAAGUACAUUCUCCACAAGGGUUUCCCUGGUGGCAGAAACUCAAGUGUCCCUGAAGUCCUGAUCAUCAUUUCGGAUGGAAAGUCCCAGGGCAGCACUUCAGUGCCUGCAAUGCUGGUGAAGGAGAGACACAUCACAGUUUUUGCUGUGGGAAUCAAGUUUCCAAGGUGGGAGGAGCUGCAGGUGCUGGCCAGCGAGCCCCCUGAGCGGCACCUGCUCUUUGCUGGAGAUGCUGAGGAUGCUGCCAACGGCCUGUACAGCACCUUGAGUGACUCUGUCUGCACUGCCACCGCUCCAGGCUGCAAAGUUGAGUCCCACCCUUGUGAGCGCAGGACCCUGGAGAUCGUGAAAGAGCUGGCUGGCAGCUAUGUGUGUUGGAAAGGCUCAAAGCAGCCCAAUGCAGUGCAGGCUUCACUGUGCCCCUUCACCAGGUGGAAGAGAGUCUUGAUAAAACACCCAUCCAGGUGCUUCCGAACUGUAUGUCCAGACCCCUGUGACUCCCAGCCAUGCCAGAAUGGUGGCACGUGUGUCCCAGAGGGACUGGACAGGUACCACUGCCUCUGCCUGCUGGGCUACGGAGGAGACAUCCACUGUGCAGCAAAGCUGAGCCUGGAGUGCGGUGUGGAUCUCCUUUUCCUGAUGGACAGCUCAGCAGGGGUCACACUGGAAGGGUUCCUGCGCUUCAAGGCCUUCCUCAAGAGAUUCCUCCAGGCCGUGGUGGGCCAGGACUCCCCAGUGAGCGUGGGGGUGGCCCAGUAUGAUGAUGAUAUCAAGGUACCCAUUGAACUGGGCCAGCACAAGGACACACUCAGUCUCAUGAAGAGAAUUGAUGCCUUGAAUUUCAGUGGAGGGAGAACCCUGACAGGCAGAGCCCUGCAGUACAUUGCACAGCACGGUUUUAGGAGCAGCCCAGUCUUUGCAGAUGUGCAGGAUGAUCUCCCACGUGUGGUUGUCCUGCUCACUGACUCCAAGUCCCAGGAUUCGGUAGCAGAAGCUGCUAAAUAUGUGAAAGACCAAAAUAUCUUCUUGAUUGGCUUAGGCAGCAGCUUCAUGAGAGCAGAGCUGACCAUGGUGACUGGCAAUCCACAGCAGACCAUUGUCUACUCUGACCCCCAGGACCUCUUCAACAGGAUGCCAGAGCUGCAGAGAAAAAUCUGCAGUGUGGGCAAUCCUGAAGGCUGCCAGGCCCAGUCUCUGGAUUUGGCAUUUGCUGUGGAUGCCUCGUCUGGAGUUGGCCUGGAGAACUUUCUGCGUCUGAGGCGCUUUGUCAGGAGCAGCUGCUUGCACUUCAUCAUCAACCGGGACGUUACCCAGAUUGCCCUGGUGACCUAUGGCAGCAAAGCUCACACUGUCUUUGCCUUGGACACCCACACCAGCAGCUCUGCUGUUCUCCAGGCCAUCGACCAGGUGCCCUUCCUUGGGGACUCAGCCUCUGCAGGCAGUGCCUUGCUGCAUGUUCAUAGUGAUGUAAUGACUGUGCAGAAGGGAGCAAGGCCUGGGGUCAACAAGGUGGUGGUGCUGCUCUCCAACGGGGGGGGCAUGCAGGGUGCAGCUGCCCCAGCCCAGCAGCUGAGGCACAAUGGCAUCCUGGUGUUUGUGGUUGUCGUUGGGGACGCAGACAGGGACACACUGCUGAGAGUUGCUGGGUCCCCCAACUACCUGGUGCACAUCUCCUCCUAUGAAGACCUGCAGUAUUACCAAGGCCUUAUCAUCGAGAGGAUCUGUGAAGAAGCCAGAAGCCCUGUGAACCUGUGCAAGCCCAACCCCUGCAUGAACCAGGGCGUGUGCAUCCUGGGGCCGGGGAGCUACCGCUGCCAGUGCCACGGCUGGGAGGGACCCCACUGCGAGAGCAGAGUUCUCCGGGGGGAUUCUCCAAGAUCUCCAGCCCAUCCUCCACAUUCCCAUGAGCAGUGGAGUCCAAGGGGUCUGCAGCACCUCUCCAGAGCCCUCCAGCAGAGCAAAAGGCAAAUGGAUCAGAGGCAUUGACACAGAUGUGCUGACUGCUCCAGUUCUCCAUCCAGGAACACUCUUUGCCCCUCACAGGCACUGUCCAGCCCUUGGAGUUGUUGGAGUUGCUCCAGCACAGGGACUGUCUUGAGGCCAUUCCCAAUUCCUGCAUUGCACAAACUGGGCUCCCCAGAACUCUCUUUCUUUUAUAACUGAAGUAAAUAUUUGUGUUUAAGUA